GCACAUACAUGAACUAGCUUUUAACUGAACAGGCUAAUUAGUUUAUUUAGUUGUUUAGUUUACAUGUACUAGUGUUUUACUUUUAAACAGUUUUACGAGAAAUGCAUGGACAUUUUUGCAACAAGCGAGUAUUUACUUGGUAGUUUUUGUUGUCUUUUUUGCAAAGGGACAAAGAUAACAUUGCAUUGCCUUUUAAUUAUAUGUACAAGACCUGGUAAUAUGCAAACGAAGACUUUGUGAACACGUUUACGGUUAAGAGAGAUUUGUUGAAAAUCGCCAUAAUAUGAGUUGUCUGAUCCCUAGACGAUAGAAGAUGCGAAAAGUUUACAGUACAACAACCAAUUUCUAUUUGACAUAUCCUUCAAUGGUUUUAUGCUGAAGGUUUGUUUCUACUUACAAGUGCAAGAUCGAAUAACAAAGGAAAUAAAGGAAAACGGCAAUCAUCAGAAUGCAUUUCCAAAUUAACAUUAUCCUCUUCGCACUGAUUGCUGUCCCACAGAUAAGCCAAAGCUAUCCGGACUUUAUUCCAUACAGUAAACUGUUCGACCAAAGUUAUUUAGAAGACGUCGUAUAUUUAGCGACAUACAAAUCACAGAAUACGACUCAUCUUAGUAUUCAUGAAAACUGUUCUCAAUAUGUUGUUCAAGACGAAAGGUAUAUUAACUGCUCGGGUGCAGGGGUUGAUCAUAUACCAGAUUUGCCUAAAGCAAGCUUUGUUGUUGAUUUAUCAGGGAAUAAGAUAGAAAAAAUACCUGAAAACCAAUUCAUCCGUCUCUACAAGUUAUAUUAUCUCGACUUAUCGGACAACCCACUGGUAUAUAUAGACUUGAAUGCCUUUAGUGGACUGUCAAACUUAUCCAAGUUGUAUAUUCGUCGCUCAAAGCUCUACAAAUUAGAUAUUUACAAAGUUGAUAAAAUGCUUUCUUGCCUCCCCAUGUUGACAGUGUUUGCUAUAACGCUGCAGGAAAACAUAAGUCUUGGUUUGCACUACUGUCUUUGUCCUGAAAGAAUAUCAGUGAAGGAAAACGCACCUCUUCGUUUUUUAACAUCUGUACUUAAUCUUGAAAUAGACUCUAGCCAUUUUAAAGGAAUCUUAAGUUCAACGUCAGACAAGUGGAAAACAAAAUAUCUCAAAAUCAUUGUUACAGGCUACUGCUUUUACAAGUUAUUUCACAAAACCUGUUUCAGAAAUGUCCAAUAUCUACAAAAUCUCUCUAUAAGCUUUUCAUAUCCGAAACUUAAGGUCAUUUUACCAUUGUCCUUCAGCAUAGUAUCGUUCUCUAACAAUACAUUUGAUAACAAUAAAUAUAUGGAAAGUCUUAAAAUACAGUCAACUUCAAAGCUAUCUGAUUUUAGAUGGUUUAUAGAUGAUUUUGAAUUGUCAGAUCAUCUCAGAAACAUCACAGUCACUGUAAGUCAAUUAAAAAUGUUUAAAUAUCGCAGUGUCCAAGGAGUUAACUACGGAUCGGAUCCAAAGUUUUCCCUUAAGGAAGCAUUGUCUCCUCUUCUGAUGUCUAAAUCUAAAAUAGAGUCUUUAGAUAUAUCAAAUAAUGGUUUAAUCGGUAGAGAAUCUGAAAUGUUUUUUCCUCCAAGAUUUUUGAAAAUCAUAACUGCACAUCAUAACUGUUUGUCGUAUUUGUUCGUGACUCAGUAUCUGCAUCUCGCCUGGUAUUUACAAGUUUUUGAUGCAAGAAAACAAAAUUACUGCCUCGGAAAAGGUCAAAUGAAUAUGUACUCACGAAAGAACCUGCCUAUGAAAAUGGGAUCCAUUGAAUCAGUAUUAGAUCGUUUAAUAUACACUCAUUCUGUAUAUAGAGUUGAUUUGUAUGAGCUUAACUUUCUGCGCAAGAUCAAGUACUUAGAUUUGUCAUGGAAUUCCAAUAAACUAAAUACUAAGGUACUUAGACGAGAAUUUCUCGAAGGGCUUCCAAAUCUAGAGUAUUUCGAUUUAACUGGAUAUACUAUUGAAUUCCUGGAAGAAAAUGCAACAUUUCAUAAAAAGUUGAAGUAUUUAAAUAUGACGUCAAAUGCACUUUGGAAAAUGGGAUGUAAAAUCAGUGAAAGAUUCAAAUUUUUACCAUCUUUAAUCGAUUUGCGCUUAAGUGAUAACAAAAUAUCAUGCCUGUCUAAGGAUGCAUUUGUAGGUUUAAAAGCAGUUCAGAUUAUUGACCUGAGUAAAAAUGAUAUAGAAAACUUUGAAUUUUCGUUGAAGCAUCUACAGAAUAUUCGAUUAUUGAACUUGUCAAACAACAACAUUCGAGUACUUACGAAGUCGACGAUGGACGAUUUGGAUGCAAUUCCUGCAGUUGCAGUUGAUUUAAACCUCAAUAAACUUACAUGCAACUGUGAAUCACGUAGUUUUCUUAAAUGGUUACAAAAUGAAAGGAAACGUUUUGUAGGACUGGAUCGUUAUAUGUGUGGAUUUAACAAUAAUUCUUUUGUUUACUUAACAAGCUUAAAACAGAUAACCGAUGACCUUGACCGCUCAUGUUCCUCACACUCAUUUCUCAUUGCUGCAUGCAGCUUGCUUCUCGCGUUCGUUACUUUUACUAUUUUAGGAGGACUCGUUUAUAGGUACAGAUGGAAGUUACGCUAUAUAUAUUAUAUGUCAAAGAUUCAGAUAAAAGGUAGGGAACGUGGAGAGGAUUACGAACAACUUUUUGACUUUGACGCUUUCAUUUCCUAUGCCUCCGACGACUUUGAAGUUGCAAGAGUUGAUGCAAUUGAAUAUCUCGAGCAAAAGAAAUCAUUUCGAUUGUGUAUACACGAACGAGAAUUUCAGCCAGGAGAAUCUAUUGCAUAUAAUAUAUCUAAAGGGAUACAUAGCAGUAAAAGGACCCUCUUAUUCUUUUCAAAAUCUUUUCUCCAAAGUGAAUGGUGUAAAUACGAGUUGAAUAUAGCGCGAAUCGAGUCCAUGUACACAAAACGAAGCCUUAUACUUGUUAUAAUGCUAGAAGGUAUACCCACCGGGGAAAUGACAAUUGAAAUGAUGGACUUCGUAAAGACAUACACAUACUUAGAAUAUCCUAAGAACGGCCAACAGGAAGACCGAGAUGUAUUCUGGGGCAAGUGCGCUGACUUUAUCAAUGGAAGUUAAAGAAAAAUCGGUACACUUGAAAAUGCUUCCAUUUUAUGUUUUACUCACAUACACAUGUAUCAUUGUAUCAUAACUCGGUUUUCUUUUUAACAUCAAAUGUUCAAAAGAUCCUUGCAACAUGUAAAUAUUUCAAAGACUAUCCUUUCAUAUAUAAAUAGGUCUUUCAUUGUAAUCAGAACAGGCCAAACAUUUAUGUAAUAAAGAUGACAAAGACAGAGAAAAUAUGUACAAUGUCAGCUAAAAGGGUUCCAUGGGUACUAAAUAUUUGAUAAAAUACUUUUAAUAUUUACAAUUAACCUUCUUAUAUUGCUUCUGUUAACAGAGGAAACAACUGUCUGCGAACAAUGCCCAUUUUUCUUUGUGUCGUUUAAACUUAUCAUUUUAGAUGUUAUUUCUGUUUCAAUAUUUAUUCUUACAUGUAUAUAUUUGUACCUAGAUAUCUUCAUAAAACGUUUGAAACACGGGAUAGCUUUCUUAAUUAUGUAGAAACUUUUCUGAAAAUAAUAAUAAAAUGUACGGCAUUUAUGUUGUGAACUUAAUCACAUUUAGCAAAACAUAUGUCCUGUAAUUUUGUAUUAGUUGUAUUUCUGUUUGUAGAAUGAGUGUUCUAAAAUUCUAAAUUAAGAAAAAAACAUGUUACUUUAUACUCUUAGCGACUAUAGUUGCUAUGUAAAUUUUCACAAAAAUAUUUAACUAGUAGUAUAUGGAUAAAAGUUGAAGUAUGUAUUUUCUGGAAAGGUGUUUGUUCAGACCUUUAUUCUAUUUAACUGCAAUAAAAAUCGCCGUUUGUCCACGUUUGCUAUUUCCAACGGGUUCACUUUAGUUUCGUUUUUGUUAAUCCUGAGUCAUAACAAUACAACCUUAGCAAGUGAUCCGUGCAUAUAAAAUUCAUGGUAGUGAAAUGUGUAAAAAUUAUGUAUUCAAAAGUAUAGGUAACAUUUGCCCCAUGCCAAUUACCGUUAAUAUAAUUAUCUAAAGUAUUAAAAAUGUAUCUAAUUUCAAUGUCAUAAAUCAUUGUCAGCAUACAUUGUCUUAAUCAUUGAUCUAUUUUUGAUUUGCUUGAAAUGUUUUAAGAAAAAGUCAUUUCGAAUUAUUUACACGGAUGUUAAUGGAAUCAGCUAUUAUUGUACAGCGUAGAUUAUAAUUGAAACAAUCUAUGUAUAAAUCUGUGUUUGUAUAUUCCGUCAUAUCAUGUACUUUUGUGUAUAACCCAUUUGAAUUUUAUACAAAUGUAUGAAUAAACUGAUCAAGGUUUAACAUCAUUAUUGAUGUUAAAAGUCUCCCUGUUUAAAAGCAUAUCCCAAAUUUAUUCUUGUUUAGAUUUUGAUUUUAGUGAAUUGUUAUUGUACCGCAUAUGGUAAGGUGUUUGUACUGUUUGAUUUAUCCAAUCACAAAGUUAAUUUUUAAUUUCGAUAAUGCAACAUUGGUUCUACGACAAAUUUCUUUUAAAUUCUUGAAACACAUUUUACUAGUUUAUAGUUAGUUCUUAACUUUCAACAUAUUGUUGCGUUACUUCUCCCAUAUAACGUGAAUUGUCCUAUUUUGGUCAAACAAAACUAAAACACAGAGUAUAGUAGCAAAAGCAGUUAUUUAUUUUGCAGCACAACAUUUCUAUUUAUACAAAUCACAAUUAAAACUUCUCAAUAUCAUUCAUACAGCAAUCCAUACCUUAAAAAAAUCAGAACAACUUUUCCAUGAUGGCCCGAUAUCGCUCACCUAAGCUGAG